UAAAUUAGUCUUUCAUCGCUUUAAACCCUCUCCGUCUCUUCCCUCUCUCUCUCUCUCUCUCUCUCUCUCUCUCUCUAAGCGCCUCACUCUGCUCUCUAUCUCUCUCUCUUUCUUCUGCAGAGGCUCUGCUCUGAUCGUCCUCCAGCAUUUCACAUAUCGGCAUCAUCCGAAGCACUUUAGAUUGGUAUCAGAAGGAGAAGGAAUUAAAGAUUAAUCAAUCUUCAGAGACCGAAAGAUGUUGCAGGAUAUGUGGAAUGCUCCCCCGGGUUUCAGGCCCACAAAGUCGGCUCCUUCCUCGCCCGCCAAGCCGCUUGGUGUCUCGAGGACCCGGUCGGAGUCCUUCCACAUCACCCACAAAGUCCCCGUCGGGGACACCCCUUAUGUCCGAGCCAAGAAUGUUCAGUUGGUGGAUAAGGAUCCGGACAAAGCCAUUCCCAUGUUCUGGGCGGCCAUUAAUGCCGGAGAUCGAGUGGAUAGUGCCCUGAAGGACAUGGCCAUUGUUAUGAAGCAGCAGAAUCGGGCUGAGGAAGCCAUUGAGGCCAUCAAGUCACUCCGUGGUCGGUGCUCUGAUCAAGCCCAGGAGUCUCUCGAUAAUAUCUUGCUCGAUCUCUAUAAGAGAUGUGGGAGAUUAGAUGAUCAAAUUGCUCUGCUGAGGCAUAAGCUGUACUUGAUCCAGCAAGGGCUGGCGUUCAAUGGCAAGCGGACCAAGACCGCUCGGUCUCAGGGGAAGAAGUUUCAGGUCUCCGUCGAACAGGAAGCCACUCGAUUGCUGGGAAACUUGGGGUGGGCCCUGAUGCAGCAGAGCAACUACAUCGAGGCUGAGGAUGCUUACAGGAGGGCGCUCUCGAUCGCGCCCGACAACAACAAGAUGUGCAACUUGGGGAUCUGCCUGAUGAAACAGGGUAGGAUCACCGAGGCCAAGGAGACUCUGAGGAGGGUCAAGCCUGCAGCGGCUGAUGGGCCGCGUGGAGUGGACUCGCACCUUAAAGCUUAUGAGAGGGCUCAGCAGAUGCUCAAAGACCUUGAGUCCGAAAUGAUGAAUAAGAGUGUGGACCGAGUUGAGCAGAGCAGGCUCUUCGAUACUUUCCUUGGGUCCUCAUCGAUCUGGCAGCCUCAGCCCUGCAAGGAGCAGAGCAUUCCCUUGCCUGCAGCCUCCAAUGUGCCUAUGCCCAUUAAACUCAUUGAGAAUUUCCCGGAUGAGAAUGUCAACUCGAACAUAGUACCGGGCCCAGGCUUCUUCCCACAGCUGAAGAGCAACAAGAACCACCCUCCAGGAUUCUCUCACGGGAAUGCACUUAAUAUCGACGCACCGCCAUUUUACUCUGUGAAAUCAGUGAAGGACCCGAAUGAGAGCCUCAAGAGGACGAGGUCAGGAAAUGAAAUGAACUCCAUCAGAUUGGUCGAAACAAGCGAGUUGCCGAAGCCACUAACAACUGAGCCUGAGAAGCCUGAGAACAAGGUGAGGAGGGUGUCCCUUUCCCCGAAGGCAAGAUCAGAGGACUUGUCCCGUUUGUUGCCCAACAACGAUGAUUUCGAGGAGGCUAUUCUCGCUGCUAUAUUGGGUCCGAGCAGCCGAGAAGCCGGGAAGCCUGUAGAAAAUGUUAAUAGUAGCAGCACCAGCAACCCUUGGGUCUUGCCCCAGAAGAUUGACAAGAGGCUCAAGGCUUUUCAGGACAUUACACUCUCGCUGAGUCCAAGACCGAGGCCCUGAUUAAAUAAUUCUUUUUAUUUUAACUAAUUCAAUUCGAGAGAUUAUCCUAAAUCUAAUUUGAUUAGGUUGGAGAUGGACUUGUUCUCCUUCAUGUUAAUCCUUGUUUUCCAUAUGUUUAUUCAUUGAAGUAACCCCUUGGAACUAGGCAUCUAUUUCUGAAUAAAAAUAACGUCUUUUUUAGUUUC